AUGAGCGGGGGCUUCGUGGCCGUGGCCCUCGGGCUCAUGCUGCUCAAGCUCUACACGUGGGCGGCGGUGGUGCGCGCGCAGGCCAGUCUGCCCCUCAACGGCCUCUACCUCCUGUUCACCGCGCUCAUGCUCUGGAGCUACGCGCGCGCGAUGCGCACUCGCCCCGUCAGCCGGAGACCCGCGAGCGUCGAGUUUGAGCGCGUGACGCGCUACUGCGAGCGCUGCGACGCCGACAAGGCCGAGCACGUGCACCACUGCAGUGUGUGCAACCGCUGCGUGUACCGAAUGGACCACCACUGCCCCUGGACGGGCAACUGCGUGGCCUGGAGCAACAAGAAGUUCUUCCUGCUCUUCCUGCUCUACACGUCGCUGAGCUGCCUCGUGUUCAACGCCAUGGCGUCUCCGCUGGUGUGGGACCCGCGCUUCCGCUACUACGAGUCGCUGCUCAAGUGCGGCUGGGUGCUGUCGCUGGGCGUGGGGCUGCUGCUGGCCGGCUACUUCGUCUUCCACCUGUGGCUGCUGCGCGAGGGCAAGACGACGCUCGAGUUCCUGGCCGGCAAGAGGGGAGAGCUCGCGGACUGCAGCUUCACGCACAACGUGACGGUGUACUUUGGUCGGGAUGUAGGGAGCUGGUGGCUGCCUACGACGCCCAUGCUGGACGCGGCUAUGGGAGGAAGAAGAGAGCGUGACGAUGAUAACGAAGGAGAGGAGACGCUGCAGCUAGUGGUGGAGUGA